GGUUAAAGUUGACAGCUGACAAAGUCACUGAAAUACAGAAUAUCUUCGAUAUAAAGCAUUUAAAUUUAAUGGGAUUCCGUGUUUUGGAACUAUUCAGUGGCAUCGGGGGCAUGCAUUAUGCCUUUAAAUAUGCCCAGCUAGAUGGCAAUAUUGUGGCCGCAAUGGAUGUCAAUACAGUGGCCAAUGCUGUUUAUAAUUUUGCGCUCAAUUGCCAUGUGAAGACGAGAAACAUUCAAAGCCUCAGUGAGAAAGAGGUCAGCAAGUUGGGAGCUACCGUGCUUCUUAUGUCGCCGCCGUGUCAGCCGCACACCCGCCAGGGGUUACAAAGGGACACGGAGGACAAGCGAUCGGAUGCACUCACCCAUUUGUGCACUCUCAUUCCGCAGUGCGAAACUCUCCAGUAUAUUUUGAUGGAAAACGUUAAGGGAUUCGAAUGCUCUCAAGCUCGAAAUCAAUUCGUUGAAGCCCUGGAGAAGGCUGGAUUCUAUUGGCGGGAGUUUAUACUGACGCCCACACAAUUUAAUGUUCCCAAUACUCGCUAUCGGUACUACUGCAUUGCUCGCAAGACUGAAGACUUUGCCUUUGCUGGAGGUAAAAUCUGGGAGGAAAUGCCUGAAAGUCCCUCAACCGAACAGUCCGUUUCCCAAAUCUCCGCGAUCCUUGAGGAAAAUGUCUCCUGUGAAUACCUUGUACCCGACGACGUUCUAACCAAGCGGGUGUUGGUCAUGGACAUAAUACAUCCAACAGAAAAUAGAUCUAUGUGCUUUACCAAAGGCUAUACGCACUAUACUGAAGGCACGGGCUCGGCCUUUACACCGUUUUCUAAGGAGGAGUCCCAUCGUAUAUUUGAGUUGGUGAAAGAAAUCGACAAUAAUAACCACGAUACCAGUAGUAGCUAUGAGGAUGUGCGGCAGCGGCGUUUGGAUCUCCUGCGACAAUUAAAACUACGUUACUUCACACCCCGGGAAGUGGCACGGCUGAUGAGUUUUCCCGAGGAGUUUGCCUUUCCCCCUGAAACAACAAAUCGACAAAAGUACCGGCUGCUCGGCAACAGCAUUAACGUUAAAGUUGUUGGUGAAUUGAUUAAACUGUUGAUCGCAACAAAGCAGUAGAAAAAACUGUCCCAUGGCUUUACGUCUCUAUAGAUCAUUCCGCCGUUUCCAAAAAAAAACGUUGGUACUGUUUUUGUCAAAAAGGUUUUUUGCAACCGUUUAUCACCUAUGUAGGUGAUCACCGGCAAUUGCCACGACUCUACUUUAUACCCGGUACUCAGUCAGUAUAUAUGUGAGCUUAUGAUUUAUGCAACUUGAUCAUGAUUAACUUGUAACUGUCAUCAUGAGCCAGCCACGCUUUGCAACGCUUUUUUCGCUUUCAGAGUUUGGUUUCUGUUGUUUUUUCUUCACUUUUCCAUGUCCUGCGCUGCUCUGGUGAUUUUCUCACUUUACAGCAGUUAGCGGUCGCGAACUUUUUUUUAACUGGGCGCCCUACGGUGGCCUCAGCUGUUUGAGUGUUGCCGGAUUGGAUUGAUACUGCAUCCACGAUCGCAUGCAUACCGCCAGCAGCUGGUACAUUAUUUAUUUACCUGUUCUUUUUACGACGUACGACUUAUGUGCUUCGCAUGUGCAUGCAUUACCGACAUCGUCUUCCCUCAUGCACGAUGCUUUACCUCAUCGGCUUUGGUCCGUCCAGCUCUAUUUGGCGAGACGUUCUCUGGCCAGUGACAUCCAUUUUUUACGAUUUUCGCAAAAGCGAAACGAAGAUUUCGUCGAUUUUUAUGAGGGCGCUGGACUCGGACCGAUCCAGCAAAGGUUCUGCCUUACCAGAUAAGGUGCCCGAGGACUAUGAGCAAAUGUUCGAGACGAUCGUGAAGGUCACCAGGGAAAUGGUUGACUUUCGUAAGUAUGAAGUAUACGUGAUGCUGUAUCCCACUCUGGCCAUUGCUUACCUGCAAAUGGUGUGGAGCGGAAAGUAGCAGAGGGCUAUAUCCUUCGUGGGUGGGAACAAACACGAGCUGGACGACUCGUACAAGAGGCGCAUCGAAAAGCUCAAGCUGAUCCGCAAGCCACUGGGCGUGCCACAAAGAGCCCUGGAACAGCUAUCUGGUGCGGACAAAGUGAAGUUCUGCAUGUUCAGGAGCACCUUCAACCUAUUUAAGGUACCCCAAUCGCAGCUUUGGUCGAAUGGGCACCUGAAGCGGUUUUUGGUCCACUUCGAAAUCCUAACUUACGCUGAUGACAAGAUGCCCCAGGACCGGAUUCUCUGCUGUCUAAAAAUAAAAUUAUUUUGUUUAUAGAAAAAAACGAGGAAAUACGAAUUUUCCAGUCUAUAAAACUCGACUUCGAGGACCAACACGUGUAAUUUUCUUUGGUUCUUUUUAGUAAAAUUUCUUGAGGAUGAUCA